UGGAGGAUAAAAGACUGUUUAAUUUAAAAUAUUUAUUUUUCAUUUUAACUGCAAGGAUCUAGUUCUGUGAUGUUAUCAGUAACAUACGUACUACCUUCCUCUCUUUCAGAAGAACAGAAACAUUUGUUUUUCUCCUUUUCAAAUUGGAAUUUCAGAUGCAUGAAUAAAUAUGAUAGAAGAUGAAACAAAAUUUUAAAAUACAGAGAUUUGGAAUAUGGAAGAAUGGAAGAGUAGGAUGGUUAAAGGGAAGCCAUGAGUGAAGUCAGGAUCCUGACUCCUGCACAAGCUUCUGUGUGUUGGUUAGAGAGCAUUCAUCCACUUGGAGCUCCCCAGCAGCUGAGAGAAGAGACAGGUGCCAUAGGUCAAAAAGCAGGGGCCCAGUGGACGAUCAGUUUGUGUAUUUUUGUUUUUCUACCUGACAGAAGCUUUUUUUUUUUUUUUUUUUUUAAGUAAUGAAACAUUUACUUCUGUUUUAGGUACUAUGGAGAUGAAUACUCUGCCCUCUAGUGCUUGUAAUUAAGUAGAAUAUUGGGGUACCCUUGUUUGGUUUAGUUGGAAAACCUAGACUAUUGGAAAAUUUGCAUCUAGAUUUAAAAAAAACAAGAGCUGGAAUAGAGUUAAACCUGGAAGUGAGCUAAAUCCCCCUGGAAUGUGCAGAUAUGGCACAUCGGGAACACUAUCUAGGGCAUCAAGUCCACUUGAUCUCUGUUGACAAAUACAGAACCUGGAAAAUAACUUACUUACUAAAAAAUCCUUUUUCCCCCUAGAUUGCAUUAUCAUUGUAGAAAAAGAGGAUAUAGAUAUGGAUGGAUGUCCAUUCACGUGUCUGCCAUCCACAGAUAACCACCAUUACCUUUUUGCUAUACUUCUUUUCAACCUAUUUUCUCUAUAGUUUGUUUUCACCAAGUUGAGAUCCUACUGUAAGUGCUCUUUUGUAGUCUGCUUUUUAACUUUUUCUUACGGAAGUAUUUUCUCAUGUCAUUAAAAUAAUUCAUGGUAUUCGUAGACAUUUUAAUGAUUUAAUAGGAUUCAAUCAUAUGAAUAAUAGGACAUAGUUUAUGUUGCCAUCCCCCCCUACUUUUUGAACAUUUUGAUUGCUUACCUCCAGUGGAAUGUUGGCCAGCCUGUGAUACAAUGUACAAGUUCUCUAAUAAUAAGAAAAUGUAGUCAGGUAACUCAUACUUCAAAAUUGCAGUAAAAUGUUUCCAAAGAUCCUAUGACAGGAGAAAGCUGAGCAAGUUUGAGAAGCUGGAAAAGAAAAAAAAAAAAAAAAAUAGACCCACAUGCAGGGAACUGGAGGUGUAAAGGGGAGAAAAGCAUGAGAUGAGGUUGGAGCUGAAGGAGCCAUAUCAUGCAGGGCAUCCUUUGCUAUGUGAAGAGCUCAUGAUUCUAAGAGCAUUUGGAAGCUAUUGCAGGGUUGUAAAUGGAGUAAUCUAAUCAGAUGUAUGUGCUUAGAAAGAUCAUUGUGGCUACUAAGUAGAGAAUGGAUUAGCCUGACCAAGAGUAGGUGUAUGAGACAAUUAGGAAGCAGCAUAGUAUACCAGGGGAGAGAUGUUGAUCUAGAGCGAAAGCAUGAUGGGAAGGAAAGUGGAACAUUUUGAGAUGUGUUUUGCAGGUUGACUAGGCAGGACUUCAUGACAGCUUGGAAGUAAAAGUGUAGGAGUGGAGGGGGAGCGUGCCAGAGAUGCCUGAGGUUUCUGUUUAUUGUAACUGGGCAAAUGACAGUGCCAUUUACCAUGGUGGAGAAGUCUGGGGAAAUGGGGUGGAAGCUACCUCCCAGGUGAGCAAGGAAGACAAGUUAGAAGUGCUAUGUGAUACAUAUUAUAAGAGAUAUGAACAGGAUAUUAUGGGUGUCCGGAGCAGGAGUACUUAACGUGGAGAUAAAAGGAGAUGUUUUCUGCCAAAUAUGAUCAAGCUGUAUCUUGAAAUGACAGUACCAUAAUUAUAUCUACAUAGUAUUUUAAAAAUGUAACAUAAUUGCUCAUUAAAAAAUCCAACAAGAUAAAUAUUUGGAUUGGUUAGUCCCUAUUCUAAUUGAGUCAGUAAUUUAUGUAAUAGGGAUGCUAAAGAACUAUCUCUUUAAACCUUAAAAACUGUGUUAGUCUUAUUUGUAAAAUUGCCUCAUUCAUUCAUUCAUUCAUUCAUUCAAAAGGUAUUGUUGAAUGCUGACUAUGUGCAAGACUUUCGAGAUAAGCAACAAGAAGGCAGAUUUGGUGGUAUUCUGGUAGAGUUUACAGUCUAAUGGGAGAGAUGAGAAAUAAGCAGAUAUUCAAACAUAUAAUUAAUCGUAGUGUGAUUAGUGCCAUAAAGGGAAGAUCCAGGGUGCUAGACUCCUAUAGAUCCCAUAACCCUAACCUUUCUAAUGCAAGCUCUGGUACCUAAAGUGAAAAUUAUAUGGAGUGUGAAUAAAUAUCAAUGGGUAAUAGUUGAUAAUUAAUUAUUUUACUUAUACUGGGCCUUUGCCAUCCUUAUGAAUUCUGUGCAAGCCCCCAAAGAAAAUAAGUAAAUAACAGCUGAUUCUAAGUAAUGUUAUUUUAGCAAAAGAUCAGCUGGAUUCAAAUUCUGCCCAUCCUAUUCUUGAACAUAUUGAUGACCCUCAUUGGGAUUUUAAAAUACUUCCAAUGUGAAGAAGUCAGAAAGAAAAGCCUACAUGCUCCCUGUCUGACUGGCAUAGGUCUGUUACGUCCUGGCAAUACAUAAGGUGGACGUUACAGGCCUUACAACUCCUCCUGGAACUACCCAGCUCUGCCGCUGGAGCAUGAAAUUAGCUAUAGACAAUACAUAAAUGAACAGGCAUGGCUGCCUGCUGGUAAAACUUUACUUACGAAGAACAGGUGGUAGGCCAUGCUUUGCUGCUGCCCUCUGCUGUCGUUCCCUGUCCUGUAUCUGGAUGUUGUAUCAAUCUCGGUUGAGCUGCUGAGAAUCUCCUCUAGCUAGUCUAAGCAGAAAGGUACGCAUUAGAGGAUGCACAGUGUCAUUGGGCAAGGUGAAGAGCUAGACUCUGGGUUGAGUUUCUGGGAGCUUUUGCCACAGCCAUGAAACCUCCUGCCAGAUUAGCAAGCUGCCAGCUCCUGAAUCAACUCUGCUAGAGUCUUAACCAGCAAAGUAAUUGCCUCAUGCCCUGCCUCCCUUCAUAUUUAACUCAGACACGAAAGUACAUCUGAUUGGCAGAACUUAAAUUACAUCUGGAACUCUAGCUUAAAGAAAGUGUAGCAAAUACAGCUUUUCGUACUUGGGGUCCAGAAAGUACAGGAAGGUUCACAAAAGGAAAGUGGAAUCAGUUUUGGAUGAGCAGAUCUGCAGUAUCUGCUACAGAACACCCAUCCAUACCUUCCCUUUUUUCCAUCCCUAGACUUCCAGACAACAAUAGCAAUAACAAUUCUUAACAGAGCAAUAACAACAGUAUGCUGUCUCCCAGUACAGUGCAACCAUCCCUCGUAAAAACCAAAGCGCACUCACCUUCUCCCAAGAAGGUAAAACCCAAAGUCCUAUAGGUCACAACAUCAGCUGCAGGAUCCAUCACAGACCUAGCACCCUCAGGAGUUAGGUAGCCUCUCCUUUCCCCGGGAAAGGGGAAAUGGGAGCGAGACCGAGCUGCCCUGUGACCAAAAGGAAAGCAGCUCAGCUGUAAGAAGCUCCCACCCAUACUUUUCAUCCUCUUUAUCUUAACUAGCAAACUCCUUCCGUUUCUAAGCACUCUGAGUUUCUCUUCUCUUAACGAAAUCCUUGCCUAACCUACAUUCCUUUGUAGCUGUUGGCUUCUCCUUUCCUUCUUUGCUGAGCUUUCCCCUCUCCCCAUGCCCUCACUUCCUCUAGCCUCUUGAGCACCCUGCAUUCUGGUUUGGGGGCUCCCACCAUUCCCCUCUCAACCUUACUGAUGCAAGCCCCACCCCCACCCCCACCCCCCUUAGGCGUCCCUCCUGAAUGAUUUUGUAGCACCUGUUUCCCUGAAUGGAGCACCAGGGCAAUGAGUCCUAAUCGUCUACUUCUUCUGGCUCCACAUCCCUAAAACCCAGCAGGUCUUGGUGCAGAGUAAGAUUUCAACAACACUUAUACAUGAAUAACAACUUUUAUUUAUAAACUGAAUUAACUGAAGAGACCAUUCAUUUUAUACGUAUUUGCCACAAGAUGGUGCUAUUCAGAUAGGAGAGACAACUCAAAGGCCCUCUUGGGCUGAAGGAACCAAGUACUAGACGCCUGAAUGUUUGUUAAGUGUGUUAAAUUUCAGAGGCAGUGAUUUAAACACAUAAGCUUUUCUGUGAUAAACACGUGGGCAGGUUGAAAAUUGUUAAUGAGUAUGUGUUUUAUUAUCAAAUUACUGCUGAUCACUAUUUUACUACGGUUUGGGAGCCUCUCUUCCCAAGAGGUCAAAAUGUUUUAAAAAUGCAAAUAAUAACUCUUAAUUUGAGUGCAAUAAACUUUUGAGGAGGGUUGUAUUUGGAUUUUUCAGAAAAAUGGGAGAAAUAUAAAUAAAUAGACACAUACACACACACACACACACACACACACACACACACACACACACACACACGUUCAUUUUAAGGAAUUGGCUCAUGUGAUUGGUGGGGCUGGCAGAUCCCAAAUCUGCAGGAAACUCAGAGUUGACUUUGCAGGUUUGAGUUGGAAGACUGGAAACUCAGAUGGAAUUUCUCUGUUGCCAUCCCAAGGCAGAGUUCCUUCUUUGGGAACCUCAGUAUUGCUCUUAAGGCCUUCAUUUAUUGGGUAAGUUCCACGGACUAUGGAAGAUAAUCUUCUUUACUCAAAGUCUACUGCUUUAUUUAUUUAUUUAUUUUAAAUGGAAAUAUAGUUGAUUUAUAGUAUUAGAUUAGUUUUAGGUGUACAGCACAGUGAUUCAGAAUUAUACAAAGUCUACGCUUUGAAUGUCGAUUCCAUCUAAAAAAUACCUUCAGAGCAACAUCUGGACUGGUGUUUGACCAAACAACUAGGCACUGUAGCCCAGCCAAGCUGCCACAUACAGUGAACUCUCACAGAGAUCUAGGUGAGGCAAGUAAACUUAGUAGGCGAGAGAAAGUCACAGUGAUGUUUCCGUUUUUAGUUAGGGACAGGGGUAAGAGGGCUGAGGGCUGUAACCACCCCGAGGAACCUCCCUGGAAAUUUCUUCAGGGAGAGAGGCUGUCCCAAGACAGGACCCACAGAAGUCUUCGGCUUGGGGCAGGGGUACACACAGGGACUGAUCAGCAUUGCAUAGGGCUGAGGAUGAAUUAAACCUUGUGGACACAGUAAUUUCACCCCAACAGGCUUCAUCCUGUAACAUUUUUGUUUCAAAAUGAGAUUCAGGAUUGGGGCAGUCCUUAGGAAGAGGUUUUGCUUCCUCUUUCAUUGAGAAUAAUGGAAGAGUCAAAGGGAACUUCUGCAGAUGUCCAAGGCCACAUCCACCCAUCCAGCCACCUGUGUCCACACUGUUUAGUUCUGCCUUCUCUUAUUUUUACUAAAGUAAAACCGUGUAAAGUUUUCUUUAACUUUUUGUUACGUAUUUAAUCACAGUAAUUCUGCUAGCAUUUAUGGAGCCGUCUUCUAAGCCAUUUGAUCUUUAUAAAAGACCUUAAAAAUAGGUACUGUGAUUAUCACUAUUUUACAUGUGAUGAAAUCAAAGCACAAAUAUAGGUAGAGUAACCUGGACAGUCUCGCAAUUUUUUUUAUCGUAAGGCUGGAAUUUACAUUCAGGCAGUCUGAUUCCAGAGCUCAUAGUCUUAAUGAAAAUGGAAUUUUAAAAUUUGCGUUUUGCAUGCUCUGACUCUUCUUUAUAGUCUUUUUUAUUUCCUGUCAUAUUUGUGCAUAUUUGCCAAGUGUGCGUAUAUUCCCUGCUGUUCUUUUCAUCUUACUCUUGUUGAAUGUGGGGGAUUCUGUUGGGACCUUUUUUUUGCCUAGAUAUAAAGUGACUACAUUCUGGACUCUUCUCCUUCUCAUCUUGGACCUGUUGAUCUUCCUUUCGGAACUUCAGUUUAAGGACUACAUUCUGAAAUCCCAUUUGGGGGAUUUAUUCUACAGAUGAACUUGCACACAGAAGAAAUGACCUUUGUACCAAGUUGUUCACUACAGCGUUGUUCAUAAUAGUAGUAGACUGGAAACAACUCUCAUGUUCAAGAACAGGGGAUGAUUCUGAUGUAUUCACAUGCUGGAAGAUUAUGUCGUAAAUAAGAGCAGGGAAGCUCUCUGUAUGCUGGUGCAGAAGGCUCUGAGGUUGUAUUAUUGGUGGAAAAAGCAAUCUCUUUAUCUGUAUAUCUACUGCUGUUUGGUGGUGUGUAUGUAUAUAUACAAUGAUACUUUUUUUGACAAAGGAAAGAAAAAAGAACAUACAUGUUCAUUAAGAAACAGUGGAAGGAUACUGAAUAAACUAAUAAAAGUGGUCAACAGUAGGAGGCCACUGGAAUAACAGGAUGGAUGGAGAAGACAAGGAAGGGAGUGAGACCUUUCAAUAUUUUCAAAGCUUGCCUUUUCUAAAAUAAAUAAAUAAAAAACGUACACACACACGUUUUUAUUCCUGUGACCAGUGACCCCAUGUGCCUCUCCCCAGCGGCCACCUUCUCCUUCCAACCACUUAGCUGAGGGGAAGGAGGUGAAACUUUGAAAAUGUUUUAACCCUGGUGCUGACUGUCCCUGAUGGAUAAGGAGGACUUUAAAGAGGCUUCGUAGGAUUCUCUUUGCCAGCCUCUCCCCUCCCCUAUUUCUUGCAGCGUCCUGCCUUUGGUCUGUUGUAGUGACACCUCUCUGUUGAUGGAGUUAAAUAGCUCAAGAAUGAAAAGAAAUGCUGAGAAAUAAAUGAAGCUUUCCUCUUCUGACUUGGAUAUUUAUCAUGGGUAUCGGGAAGUCUAAAACGGAUCCCUGCCCUCUUUCUCUCUCUUGGGGUAAAAGCCACAGUGUGGAUACAAGUCAAAGACAACACAAGUCAGAUUCCGGGAAAUCUGAAGAGCUCUCCCUGCGUGAUCAUGUUGUGCAGAGCAGUGUAGCAGAGAUGCCAGCAGAGGGACAGGAGGGAGCCGAGGGAGGGGAGGAGAGGCCUGAAGAGGAAGCAGAAGAAGAGGAAGUGUUCUUCAAAUUUGUGAUACUGCAUGCCGAGGACGACACAGACGAAGCCCUCAGAGUCCAGAAUCUGCUGCAAAAUGACUUCGGCAUUAAACCUGGCAUAAUCUUUGCCGAGAUGCCCUGUGGCAGACAGCAUUUACAGAAUUUAGAUGAUGCCGUCAAUGGGUCUGCCUGGACAAUCUUACUGUUGACCGAGAACUUUUUAAGAGACACCUGGUGUAAGUUCCAGUUCUACACAUCCCUCAUGAACUCCGUGAACCGGCAGCACAAGUACAACUCUGUCAUCCCCAUGCGGCCCCUCAACAGCCCCCUGCCCCGAGAAAGGACUCCCUUUGCUCUGCGAACCAUCAACGCCCUGGAGGAAGAAAGUCGUGGCUUUCCUACACAAGUGGAAAGGAUUUUUCAGGAGUCUGUGUAUAAGAUACAACAAGCUAUAUGGAAAGAAACCAGGAAUAUGGUAUGAAGGCAAUUUACCGCCUGAGAUGGACACACGACACAUAGCUGGCUCUUGUUUUGUAAAAUGAGUGAUUUGUCUUCAUUUGAGAAAGCAAAUUUCUAGGAAAAGUUUAAAUGAAAGAGAUCCUUGCUCUUAUAGAAACUAAGAGCACAAGAAGGCUAAAUUUCUGCAGGACAAGCUAUAGAAUUGCGGUACUUUUUCAUGUGGCCAUAAACUUGAAAUUCUCAAGAGUUUCAAGAACUCUGUUUCCUCUCACAGUUUUCCUAGUUCGUGAUUACGACAAAGAGUAUUUUAAAUUCAUAUUCCUUGUAUUGAACGUGAGCAACAACUUAUGAUGAAUAUUUUUAAAAUCCAGUGACACGUUCGUUUUGUUCUCAAAGGACAUGGAGAAAAAAAUGGCCUCAAGAGAUCUGCCCUUCUCCCUCUUGAGGCACCUCUCGUGAAUGUUGCAGGGGAGUGUUGCCGGUACUGCCACCCAGCAAGAGGGACAGCCAGACUGGAACAUUUACAAUGGUUUUUUGAGGAUUUGUUUUGUUUGUUUGUUUGGGUUUACCUUUGGAAUGUUGAGUGCUGAUAAACAUGAAACCAAAAAAUAGAUGUGUGAAUGGUGGGGCUUUUUACAAGAAUCCAAUCAAAUGUGUUUUCUGGAAUUUCUGCUGGAAUUUGCAUCCUUGGAGGCAAUUCCCACCACUAAUUGGUGGCACAUUUGAUAACUGUGUGGUUAGGGACUCCAUGUCUGGUGUUGUGAUGAACCCUGGAGUCAGAAAUUCUCGACGGUAGUCACUUCUGUAACCAAGGCUUUAUGUGAAGAGCUUCUGAAAGGUGUAGAUGUACUUGGCCAGAUGUUCUCCUUUAGAAAUCAGUAACCUCUCCUCUGGCAGCCUUUAAAAAUUCCUCUGUCCUUUUUCCGCAAUGCUCUAUCCAGGAAAUAUUUCUCAGCAAGGUGAUUAGAGUAGCCUGAUUCGUGUGUGUGUGUGUGUGUGUUGUAGAUGAUUUUCAGACUUGGGAUAGAAGUAGGAGAUGUGUUUUAUGGCCUCCCCUUCUGUGUCCCACUCUCAGAGUGAGACCAGUUCCUUUCUCUCACAGCCUUUCUGCCCCAGCUGCGGUGGAGGGGAACCAUCAAGUCCAGACCGGGGAUAGGGUGGAGUGUGAAUCCUGUCAUGUCAUGAGAAAGGCACCCAGUGGGGGGUCAGGACACCUGACCAGUCCAGUCUCUUUCACUGAGGAUGAGUGUGACCAUGGGCCAGCGGCUCCCCUUCUUUUAUCUGGGAAAUGAAAGCACUGGAUUGAUGAAUCUGAAGGUCUUUGUCUUCUCCCAGAAUGUGAACAACUAGGAACCAGAGAAGGAAAUAAGCAAAAAAAGAUAGAAUUUUAUAAUGUGAUAUAUAAUAUAGUAGAUGCAGGAGGCUUCAUAUAUAUGCUUACAAUGAAAGGAUAUUCUUACAUGUUUACAGCGUAACUGAUUUCUAAUGCUGUGCAUUACACUUUGAUAGUCUUAGAAAAGUAUUGCAAUACUUGCUUACAGAGCUUUUUUUAAUACAUUUUUUUUUUCUAGGGACUCUUAAGCAAAGACAUUCUGCCUAAUUUUUCUUUCUCUUUAUCCCCACUUCUCCAUUUCCCCUACUAACAUUGGGGUCUGCUCACAUCCUUCUGCAGUCUGCCUUUUCCUGGUCAUGAGCCAGCAUGUUUCAUAAUCGUGUGAGUAAGUCAAGCCUCCCCUCUGUUAGUACAUAUCAAAGAUGAACUUCUUCUUCUAUCGUGGUAGCUUACUACUCACUUUUCUUCUUCAGUUCUAAUGAUAAGGACUUUUUUUUUUUUUUUGCCAUAUUGCUUCCUGUAUCUCCAAAUUCAGAUAAAAGUAAAACAUUCAUUAAUCGCCCACCCUUCCUGCCUGCCAAAGUUGGAGCAAUUGAUGCUGGAUGGUGUUUUUAAAAUAAAUGUCUUUAUUCUUUGCCUUUGA